GUAGUUGCGCAUCACUGGUUGUCAUGACUCUCUCCUGACCAAAGAAGGUCAGCUGGACAAACCAAACUUCAUAUAGAGAAGAGAACAUACUUAGUUUUAGAAAAUUAUAAAAAAAUCUUAACAUAAAAAUUAAUUGAGUGUAAUGACAUAUUAUUUACUAAUAAUAACAGUGAAUAAUAGGAUGAAUAUUGUACGUUUCGGAAAGUAUAUUUACAUGUCUGUUAGACCCGUAAAAAAAAGGUUUUAUGAAAAAUUGUUGUAAAUACAAAAUGAAACAAACAAACUGAGGUGUGAAAGUGAUUCCAGCAGGUGAGUUUCCCCGUCUGUUGAUGAUUAGCUGGCUGAUAAGCGGCUUCCUCUUCAGCCUCUGUCGUGGCUGUUUCACAACUGCCCGAUGAUUCAAACCCUGCUGAAGAUUCACUUCCGCACCUUGGCAACAGAAACCGCUGAGUCAUUCUCUCCAAAGUGAAAACGCUGCGUCCUCUUCGGUGACCCAAGCUGGACUUCACACCACCAGACUAGGGAACUUCCUCGGCUCGGGUUCGUCUCAGGCCGAAUUAAACGCGCUCCGCUCCAGUGUCACGGGUCCAAUCCGGAAUUUAAUAUCAGCUCUUGUGUAAACUGGUGCGAGGAGGUGCAAAUAUUUGGACUACAUUAUGUGGUAGAAUAGAGCAUGUGGAAGUACAAAUAAGAAAUUUAUCAGUGAACGCGUCAGUCUAAAUAUAUCUGGGACUGGCAGUCGUAAUGUUUUGGCUUCUUGGUGUCUUGUUGUAGCUCUGCAGGUGAUUGUGCUUGACAGUUUGUGAGAUUUUCAGCCAAGUUUUCUUCAUGUAAAGUUUGUUUUGUGAUUCGUCUCACCACUAAACACUGUGUGGUCAGUGUUUAAGCGCCAUUCUGUAGAAUACACGUCAAACACAAGGCCCGGGGGCCAAACUUGACCCGCCGAGUGAUAUUUUAUGCUUUAAAUACGUGAAUUGCAACAGUGAAAACAGAGAUAAUUCUGCUGAUCUUCGCCUCAUUUUUGUUGGAUAGAAGCAUUUUUUAGGUCUGGCCAUGAUGAGCUAGUUUUGCUGUUGAUGUUUGGAACUUCUGAAUAGUAUCAUGUUCUAGGGUGUUUCACUAAAAACUACAAUUGGGGUGGUCCAGAGAGGGAGGCAGCAGCUUCACCGUGUCGAAGAGAUAACGUGCCGCGGGGGGAGGAAGGACGGGGGCGUGGCUUAGCAGCACACAACAGAAACCCCCUGGAACCUGCGUUCAUGACCUUCGCUGAGUGGAUUUUUGGCCCAGCGGAAGUGUUUAGGGAAAAAUAGAGCGAGACCUUCCUGUUCUGUUGGCCAAUCUGUGGGGCUCCAGCUGGCUCUCGCUUCAAGUGCUACAGAGAAGGGGAAGAGAAUUAGCCCCGCUUCCUGUGUUUGUCCCUGCACUUCCUGUGGCGAUGAGGCUGCAGGAGUUGUGUAGAUCUCAUCGACUGAGGUAGGAAGCACCGCCCCACCCCCACCUCUCCAGCACCCGCCCACCGCUGCCGCCUGUAAUCUGAUCAAAGACGUCCAGCUUCAAAUGACAGAGCUGCAGAAGUUCAAGAAACUCCACUGACCCAGAAACAGACUCCACACUCAGUUUUGCUCUUACACACCUCGAGCUGUUGACGUCACAGCUCCCCCUGCUGGUGAGUGAGCUGCUCUGUAGCCCUCACAUAAAACCAUGUCAUUCACAGUCAUUCAACGCUCCGCUGAUCAACCGUCUCAGUGCGAUAGAAGAAAUCGACCUGCAUGUCUUUGUUUUAUGCACAGCUCUGCUGGUUUUAUCAGUUGAUGGUGCUGCCAGACUGGUUUAUCUCCAUGAGAAGGUCAUGCAGGGGGGGCAGGGGGGUGGGUUGACAGAGAGAGGGCAUUGUUCUGGAAAUGGCUUUGGGGGAGUUUGCUUGUGUUUGAGCAGGAAAAGGUGACUGUUGUCUCACCAACUGUUUUCUGUGCGGUGUCCCGGGGAAACGCUGACUGUUGUCUCACCCAGUGGGAGUGUGUGGACUAAAGAGGCGUGUCCAGGUGAUGCAUGUGGGUGGGCCCGGGAGCUCGCCACCGCUUCAGGUGUGUCUUUGUGAGCCACACCAUAAGUGACCUCUGCACCACUGCGACGCAACUAGGUCACCGGCGACAGACGUCAAGGCAGAUGAGAGAACAUGUGGAGCUCCAGAACAACCUUUCUCCCUUCAUCCUGAAGGUCUCCAGGAAGCUCCGGGGUUGCUCCCUGUCCGGACUUGCCGGAGCAAAGGCCGACCCCUCGGUGAUGAAGACCACCUGGUACUGUCCCCUGGAUCUGUCCACAGUGGUGGAGGAGGAGAACGACGGGAUCAUCUACACCGUGGUGGUGAAACAGCAGCACGGCGCCCCCACCAGUCCACUUUCCUCCAUCUCUCGCUCUCAGUGUGUGAAGGCAGGAACGGAGGAGAAGCUGGUGCUGCAUCUGCUUCACUCCUUCUCUCUGGGAGACUCCUCCUUCGUCUCCAUCUUCCUCUCCACCUACAGAUCCUUCACUUCCACGGCCAGAGUGCUGGACAUCCUCAUCGACAGGCUUGAAGACCCGCCCGGAGAGAGUGAGAGGAGUCUCACCCGGCAGGCAUUCAACAAAGCCGUGUGCUCGGUCUUCAGCGCCUGGCUGACGGAGUUCCCCGAGGACUUCCAGGGUCUCGGGGAGCCCUCCCGCCUCCUCAGGCUGGCCCCCCUCCUCCCGCAGGACUCCACCUCUGCGGUGGAUCUGCGAGCUCGAGUCUUGAGGGUCGCGGAGGAGCUGAGCGAGCGAGCGCUGCUGCCUGACGCCUCCAGAGCAGAUGUGAUCUCUCCUCCCUCUGCGCCCCCCCAUCCAGGGAGCUUCGAGCCCACCAACAUCUUGGAGUUCCCGGCUGCCAUCGUGGCCGAACAGCUGACCCGGAUAGAGACGGAGCUGUUCGUGCGUCUGGUGCCGUACCACUGCCUCGGCUCGCUCUGGUCUCAGCGGGACAAGAAGGGGAGAGAGGGGGUCUGCUGGUCGGUCAGGGCCACCGUCCGUCAGUUCAACAAGCUGGCCAACGCGGUGCUGGCCUCCAGCCUCUGGACCACCGAGCUGCGCAGCCAGCAGAGGGCCCGGCUGCUGGAGAAGUGGAUCAGCAUCGCAGAGGAGUGUCGCGCACGAAAGAACUUCUCCUCGCUGUACGCCAUCGUGUCGGCGCUGCAGAGUAACCCCAUCCACCGGCUCCGGAGGACAUGGCAGGACACAGACAGGGAGGCGCUGAGGAGAUACGAGGAGCUCUCGGAAAUCUUCUCUGACAAGGACAACUACUCUCAGAGCCGGGAGUUGCUGAAGGAGGAAGGGACGUCAAAAUACGCAAACCUGGACUCCCGACUGAACAAUAAAUUUGUGAACAAGUCUGGUGUUCAGGGCACCGUGCCCUACCUGGGCAUCUUCCUCACUGACCUCACCAUGCUGGACGCAGCCGUCAAAGACCGACUGGACAACGGCUACAUCAACUUCGACAAGCGACGGAGAGAGUUUGAGGUUCUGGCUCAGAUCCGUUUGCUCCAGUCUUCCUGUAAGAACUGCGUCUUCACGGCGGAUCCGACCUUUACACGCUGGUACCACAGCGUCCCCACACUGAGCGAGGAGGAGAGCUACAGACUGUCCAAUGAGAUUGAGUCGCCCAGUGAGCCCAGUCCCCGCGGUCAAACCCCAGCGGUCAUCAUCACGCAGUGUCCAGACCUGAGUUCUUCUCGGACCAGUCUUCCCGGAGACAGCGACAGCCUCUUCGACUUCCCCUCUCCCGUCAACAACCUGCUCUCAAAGCUAACCAAGCACAUGAGAUCACCGUCCGUCUCCUGCCUGGACGUCGAUACGUCGCCCCCCACCAACGACUCCACCCCCGCCACGCUGACGCCCUCCAGUCCAACCAAGUCUCACCGCCGCUCCGCCUCCUGCGGCACCAACCCUGCCACCAAUACGCCAGGGUCCGGCCCAGACAUGCGGAUCAUCCGGAUCAGAAUGGACCUCCAGGACGGAAACUUGUACCGGAGCAUCCUGGUGACCAGCAACGACAAGACGCCCACCGUGGUCAGUGCCGCCUUAGAGAAGCACAACCAGGACCACCAACAGGCUUCCAAGUAUGAGCUGAUCCAACUGCUGCCUGAAGGCAAAGAACUUCUGAUUCCAGCAACGGGGAACGUCUUCUAUGCCAUGACCUCCUCCAGCGUGGACUUCCUGCUGAGGAAAAAAGGCGGGAACACCCCUCUCAGCUCCACGCCAAUCAACACGGAGACGAGCGCCACCUUUCCUCGAAUCAAAGCCAAAGGCCGCAGACUUGUCAGGACUCUGUUUUGACGUGGCCUUUCCUUGUACUGUGCUGAGUCUCAAACCAAGUCCCUCCUGCUGCUGAAGAACCGAGAGUCUUUCCCUGGAGGAGAAGGAGCGAAGGAAGCCUUCAACAGCCUGGGGCUGAUGCUCCACCCCCGACACAUCCGUCCCAUACAUCUGCUGCAAGUCGUUGUGCCUUUGAGGAGACUCGGGUCAUGACUCGUAUUGAUGGACACCAUUGUACCAACACUGGAAACAAACCGCCAUAACAUUAUGACCACCCAUGUCAGAUCUGUUGCUGUCACAAGUUGUCCAAGACAAGGGUGGAAUAGUUGGGGUGUUGAUGCCGACCUAAUCUCCAAUCAAGUGCCAAACAGACCCUGUUGCUUUAUGGGCCAGUCGGCAUUGACCACCAGAGAUACACCAACCUGCUAAAUAGCAAGAGAAUAAUGGAUCUGCCAAGUCAUGCCAUGAGUUUUUGGCUGAUCCGUGACCCGCAACCCGGGCCAGAAGCUUCUGCACCUCCUCACUGCUACUGGAUUAGCUACCAACAUGGGAAACAGCUCCGCCUCCACUCAGGAUAGACAACUCCACUGGCCAAUGAGACGUCAGUGACCUUACAGAAACUGCCCGGCAGUACGAGAAUCCGGGCCACUGGGCACUGGAAAACCCUUGUGGGCAACUGUGACUGGUGGUCAUAAUGUUAAGGCUGAUCACUGUUUACCAUUUCAUGUAGUUUGAUGUGAAGGCACCUUUGUAACUGGAGCUCUACGGACGGUGCCACCAAUCCUAGAAUCAACUCUGAUUUUGGGCUAAUAUUCUCGGGAAACUAACUUAUAUUCAGAAAUCUGGAGAUAAUCGGAUGCAACUUGGGCUCUUCUGAAGCAAUUCAAGGCCAAAGAUUAUCGUACGGGGAAAGUUUAGAGUCAAGACAGAGCUGUUGGUUGUGAUUUUGCAUUUAAAAGACUUCGGUAGGACUAAACAACUAAACAACUAAAACAACUAUCGAAGCUCGAAUUUUGUAAAACUGAAUCCUACUUCACGCAAUGCCGGUUUCAUUGAACUGAGAGCGCCAUUUACUGGGCACUGAGGCACAAGCUUCAUGGAUGCAGUUCAGGGACUUAAAACAGCUCAGUGAGAACAGACAGAAAAAGCUUGAAAGGGCGACAGGAAAACGAAAAGAUGAAUGUAUGCCGUUUCCCCAGCAGCACAGCAGGAGGCGCCGUCACUACAGUUUACAGUUCAGAAGGAAGGCAGCUCCCUAGUGGCUCGCACCUGUGACGCCUCCUGCGAGGCUGAGGAGCGAGGAUCACAGAGCAUUGUGGGUAAUAACAGUCGCUACAGUGCCUUCAACACCGCAGUGCUGAGUUCAGAGUGUAAAUAAGAGUCUGUCAUUGCGAGUGUCACAGAAACAUAUUUAUGCACUACGUAUUAGAAUGUCCUAUUUUUGCUGUAAUAAAUAUACUUUUGUACAAAUUAAA